UAUACCAAAUGCUUUUUAGGACUAAAUUAGGCCACUUCUAGCCCCUUAGCUUCUGUGCACUAGUCUAACAGCAAAUCAGUUAAGGAGCCUAGAAGCAAGUCAGAAAAGGAGAAAUAGAAGAAGAGACCUCAAAAAUAUGGAAGAAGACAAGGAGCAGAGGAUUCAUGGUGUUCAGACAAAAGUUAAUAAAAGAAAAGAGACACAGACGAGUUUUAUAGAAGAACUCAAUGAUUACAAGGGACAUUUCUCAGAAUUCCUGUCUUCUCAGAUCCAAGAAGCAGAGAAAAGAGUUGUCCACUACAAAUGUAAGGUAGAUGGGUGCUCUAAAGUUUUUGAAAGAGCCCAGAAUAUUGCCAUGCAUAUGAGAAUGCACUUCAACAUCAAGAAGUACAAAUGCAAUUAUUGCCAAAGAAGAUUUAUUCAAAAAGGUAACAGAGAUAAGCACUUGAAACAGCACAUCACCCCUAAAUUGGAAGAGAGAAAGGUGAUCCCCUGCUCGUUAUGAAAUGGAAUGUUCACCGAGAAGCAUAAUUUACAGUUCCACAUGCGCCAAAAGCACGGUAUUCAGAAUCCAUUCAAACAAUAGGUCCUAAUUCUCAUCUUUAAUACUAAACCUUCUUUCUCUAUUU